AUGGGAGAAUCAUCCUCCCCCGAUCAGUCGCAAGCCUCCCACCACUCUCAAUAUCGCCUGCGCGUCACCGCCGGGCCUUCGUACGAUUCCGCCACCCACAAAACCGUCCCCGUCAACAGCCCCGAAACCCUCACGUUCGAGACCCGUUCCAUAAUCUUCUCUGUGUGUGUCCGCAUUCGCCAUUUCACAGGGUUUCCGCCCUCAUCCCCCGUCACCGCCGAGAAAUACUUCACCUCCGACCUCCAUAAAUAUGACCAAUACAGCAUAUCCUUGAGUUUCGUCCCCAAGCGGGACAUUCCGGGUGAAGAGCUGGUGUUUGGGAAUGAUUUCGACCGGCCUAUACGAGAUAGGUUACCGCCCGGAUUCAACCAGGCGUUUAGAAUUGUGAAAUGGUGGAUUGAUCCAGGGUUAGAUGGGGAUGUCUACGCGGAGAAACCAUUCUUGUAUGGUCCGGCGCUGAGUAGUUGGAAUAUCUUGAGGAUUGGCGACGAAGUCAUACCGAAGGACCAGCUUCCAUCUUCGUCCCCAUCGUCAGAUGUCGAGGACCAGGACGGUGAGGCCGAGGUCGACGAGGAUGAAAGCCACGCAUGGAAGAUCCCAGAGGAACAUACUGAGAACUUCCACGACGUCAUCGUCGAAGAAGGCGGCGAAGGUACAGGUCUCGCCCUGCGCUCCGAGGCCAACAUUCCCGCCGACCCUCCUGGCCGGCAGAAACACUUCCUCAAUCGCACAAAUCUCUCCUCUUUCACCUUCGAGCGCGGCCGUCUCUACCAGUCCGAUUUCGGCAACCCGUACUUGGACUUCAACGACUUCUCCCUCAAGUUGCCCGGCUUCACACUGAACGUGAUCCAAUACGUCGACUCCAAGACGCAUGAGCUGCGAUAUACUCUGAAAAACAAGAGGAGCGGGGAAGUGUAUGGCGUGGUCGUGUUUACGUUACUGUUUGGUGACGAGUUGAAGGAAGCAGCUCGAGAGUAUGGAUCAGACAAUCAAGAUGGCGCGCACGUCCAAGAAGAGCGCGAUAGAGACAGCGAACGCAUACCAUCGGACGAGGAUGACAUUGAUUGA